UAUCUCUGAUGAUAUUCAACCAUUUAUGCUGUCACUUAAUGCUCUUCGUCAAAUAGUUUCUUAUUCUAAAAAAAUAGAAAAAAUACCACAAACACAAAAUAUUCUAGAAAUUAAUAUCCCACCUUCAUUGCGUAUUACUUUAAACG